AUGGCUCCCCUUAAGCUUAACAGUGCCAACCUCUCCCACAUUUCCGCCGCCGGCGACCAGGUCAAGGUUCCCACCUAUGCCCGUGGCAAUGCCGUGAAGGAGGGAAUCGUCCAUAUCGGCAUUGGUGGCUUCCACCGAGCUCACCUGGCUGUCUAUGUCCACCAGUUAAUGGAGAAGCAUGGCGUGAACGAUUAUGCGAUCUGUGGUGUUGGCUUGCAGCCCUUCGAUGUUGCUAUGCGCGACGCUUUGGGCUCGCAGGACCACCUAUACACAGUGAUCGAGCGUUCUGCCAAAGGCAGCACUGCCAACGUGGUCGGCAGCAUCAACUCCUACCUCUUUGCUCCUGAUGACCGCGAGGCCGUGAUUGCCAAGAUGGCCCAUCCAGAUACACACAUUGUGUCGCUCACCAUCACCGAAAGCGGCUACUAUUACAACGAGAACACCCACGAGCUCCAAAGCGAGAAUCCCGACAUUCAGUUCGAUCUCAACCCAGCCAACGAUAAGAACCCCCGCACAACCUUCGGUUUCCUCUACGCUGCCCUCGCACGUCGUCAUCAGCAAGGCCUCAAGCCCUUCACUGUCAUGUCGUGCGAUAAUAUGCAGAAGAACGGUGCCAUCACACGGCACAUGCUGGAGUCGUUUGCCCGUUUGCGCAACCCCGAACUUGCCAAGUGGAUUUCCGAGAAGGGCCACUUCCCCAAUGCCAUGGUCGACCGCAUCACACCUCAGACUUCGCCCGCCGAUAAGAAGUCCCUCGCCGAGAACUUUGGUAUUGAGGACUCUUGGCCCGUUGUCACCGAGCCUUUCAUGCAGUGGGUGAUUGAGGACUGCUUCUGCGAUGGCCGCCCUCCAUUCGAGAAAGUCGGUGUUCAGCUUGUCAAUAAUGUGCACGAUGUCGAGGAGUUUGAGAAGCACAAGCUGCGCCUGCUCAACGGCAGCCACUCCGCAAUCGGAUACCCCGGCCAGUUGGCUGGAUUUAAAUACGUCCAUGAAGUUAUGGAAAACUCAGUCUUCUCUAAGUUUGUGUGGCAGAUGAUGCAGGAAGAGGUGAAGCCGCUGCUGCCCCACAUCCCAGGCGUUGACAUUGAUGAAUAUUGCAAAACUCUUGUUGAGCGCUUCUCCAACCCCACUAUCAUGGACCAGCUGCCUCGCGUUGCCCUCAAUGCUUCGGGCAAGAUCCCACAAUUCAUUAUGCCCUCUAUUGCGGAGGCUAUCUGGGUGACUGGACCAUUCCGUCGCCUGUGUUUCGUCGCCGCUGCUUGGUUCCACUACUUGCACGGUGUUGAUGACAACGGCCAAACUUUCCAAGUCGACGACCCCAUGCGCGAGGAACUGCAGGCCAAGGCCAAGGCUGGAGGUACCAACCCCUCCGAGCUUCUCAGCAUUAAGAAUCUGUUUGGUGACGACUUGCGUCGCGACCAGCGGUUUAUCGAGACCAUUACCACUGCCAUGGAAGACAUUGCGCGGGAUGGCAUCCUGAAGACGCUCCCCAAGUACGUUGAUUAA